AUGUCUCAGGAAAUGGAAGAAUCUCCACAACACAAUCAAGAUGACACAACUCAACAAGACAAUGAUGACAAUGCCAGUUGUGUGGCAGUAGACGAAAUGGACUAUGAAGCAAUUGAAUUAAAAGAUGAAGCAAACUUUGAUCCAACAUCUCCCAAAACUUUGGACACCACAACAGCUGACAUGUCUAAAAUCCAAUCUUCCUCCACCAAUAACAACCAGCUUCCCAUGAUAGUUUCCCAAAACACUAAAAAAUUGAAAAGAUCAUGUAACUAUUUCAGAAUUAUUACAUUGGGAAGUUUAUUUUUCAAUAUUAUUGCAUUCUUUGCCUUGAUUGGCCUCACAAUCAAUACCUAUUUGACUUCCAAUAAUACUUCUAUUGAAAUUCUCAUAGCUCGUGGUGAUGCCAAGUAUUUCAAUACAGUUUUAUGGGAUACGAUGAAGUGGUCAGUGCUUGGAAGAGAUAAUUCCACCAAUUCGAGAUUUACGUCAAAUCUCAAGAAUUUCAAGAACUCUUUCAAGAAUAUCUUAACUAAUUUGCCAACUGGGUUCAAGUGGACUAUAUUGAAUGGAACUGAUUCGACUUCGAAUGUUCCAAUGUUUCCCUAUUAUGAAAUGUUGAUGAAUUAUACGAAAAACAAUCAAUUUGAACUAGCUCAGAGUUUGUUUUAUUCGGCAGAGUAUCAAGCUGCACUCAAUGAUUGGAAUGCUCAGUAUGAAAAGUUUCAUCAAUCGGUUACUUCAGUUGGUCAAUUUCUCGAUGAUUAUGUUGUGAGAUCAAGUAUUGCAAAUUUGAUAAUUAUUUCAAUUUCAUUGAUUAUCAUUAUUCCAGUGACUAUAGUUGUGUUUAUAAUGAUGGUUAGAAAGGAUGGAUUAGCAAAGAAUACACUUCAAUCACUCAACUCACAAUUAUUAGCAGAAACAAUGAAAGAUCCAACAAAGAGACAACUUUUCAGAGAACAUUGUGAAAAGAAUAAUAUGGGUGAACAGUAUAGUGUAUUGGAGAAAUGUAUCUUUUACAGGGAAUGUUGUGAACUCAUUGCAAAGCUUCCAAAGAAGGGUUCAACUGUCAUUGACGAAACUCAAAAAUUGGAGAAAACCAAGAUUGAAAUUGCAUUCGAAAUUCUUGGUGAUAUGCAAGAAUCUACAAGUAGUGUGAUUGACAGCUCUGCAAAGAAUUAUAUUUGCUCUACACUCGAUGAAAUUAACAAUACUCUUAAUGUUAGAUCAGAUAUGAAUGAAAUCAAUUUGCCUAGCUCUUUAUUUGAAGUUCUUGAGAAGGAAAUUCAAGAUCAAAUGUUGUUUGUUCACUAUGUUUUCAAGAAAAAAAAGUAAAUUGUGUAAUUUUUAA